AUUUGAAAAUUUAGUCGCAAAACAACAGAGGCCGUGGGCUGUACAUUUUUCUAGUCUAACGGUGCAAUAAUAAUGGAAUUUCUCAGCACAGAAUGUGCUGCUCGGUCAGCAGGACCUGCCAAUACAUUAAUGACUUUGUUGCUACAAACUUUAAUUAGCAAAUAUUGUGGAUUAAGUGAUCAUGAUCGUUGGCCGGCGGAUUAUGGUGCGCAAAUUGAAAGAGAUGGUUUCGAUGAUUAUGACUUCAUUGUAGUGGGUUCAGGUUCUGCCGGUGCGGUUGUUGCUGGGCGUUUGAGUGAAAAUCCAAAGUGGAAGGUGUUGCUGCUCGAGGCGGGCGGUGAUCCGCCGAUAGAAACGGAGUUCGUUGGCUGGCACAUCACCACACAGUUCACAGAUUGGGAUUGGCAGUAUCAUGCGGAGCCGAAUGGCAAAUCAUGCAUGGCUAUGGAGGGUGGAAAAUGUCAUUGGCCGCGUGGCAAGAUGCUUGGCGGCACGAAUGGCAUGAAUGCGAUGAUUUACGCGCGCGGCACACGGUUUGACUUUGAUGAUUGGCGUAAUCGCGGCAAUCCUACCUGGGGUUAUGACGAUGUAUUGACCUACUUCCGUAAGGCCGAAGAUUUACGUGCGACCGGUGAGGACUUCAAGGCAGGUGAUUUUGGUCAAGGUGGGCCUAUGGGACUGAACCGUUAUGUUUCGGAUAAUGAAUUUCGUACGACAAUACGUGAGGGCAUGGCCGAAAUGGGUUAUGGCAGUUCGCCGGCCUUUACGGAAGGCUCAUGGGUGGGCCAGAUAGAUAUUUUGGGCACUCAGGAUGGCGGACGUCGAAUUACAACAGCACAUUCGCAUUUACCAAAGGAUCGUAAGAAUUUGCAUGUAGUGAGACAUGCCCAUGUGAAACGCGUCAACUUUGAUGAGCAAAUGCGUGCCACGGGCGUGAGCUUUGUGCUAAAUGGUAAGAAGGAGUAUGAAGUGCACGCCAAAAAGGAAGUAGUUUUGUCAGCUGGCGCCAUUGGUACGCCACAAAUACUCAUGCUUUCGGGUGUUGGUCCAAAGGCGCACUUACAACAGUUAGGCAUACCCGUCUUGCUGGAUCUGCCCGUAGGCCAAAAUCUUAAAGAUCAUGCUAGCUUGCCAGUUGUUUUCCAAAUAGAUAAGUCCACCGCACGUAAGCCGACCGAUGAAGAGCUCGUCGAUGCCAUGUACAAUCUGCUGAUGGGUCGUUACAGCAAGCUGUUGCACCACGAGGCCACAGCACUGACUGGUUUCAUUAACACCACUUCCUUGAACGGUCCAUAUCCCGAUAUACAGACAACAAACUUUUUCAGCUUAAUGCAGAGUCCUGAACUCAAGGGCUAUGUCGCCGCUACCGGCUUUAAUGAGCGCGUCGCUAAGUCUAUACUCUCGGCUAAUGAGCAUACCAACACCUACAUCACUUAUCUGCUGCAUUUGAAGCCCUUCUCCGUGGGCCACUUGGAGUUGCGCAGCGCUGACUAUUUGGACAAACCGAAAAUCUAUCCCAACUAUAUGUCUGAUGAACGUGAUGUUGCUACUUAUAUACGCGCUUUGAAUAUCUACUCAAAACUGCCGGAGACGAGCGCUUUUGAGCAGCGUGAAGCGGCUCUGCACAAAAUUGAUUUGGCGGCUUGCAACCACUUGCCAUACAAAUCGGAUGACUAUUGGCGUUGUUACAUUAACCACAUGACCACCACAGUCUAUCAUCCUGUCGGCACGGCGAAAAUGGGUCCUGCCGGUGAUGCCACAGCUGUGGUGGAUUGGCGCUUGAAGGUGCAUGGUGCAAAAGGCUUGCGCGUUAUUGACGGCAGUAUUAUGCCAGACAUUGUGGGGGCAAAUACGAAUGCCGCGAUUAUUAUGAUUGGCGAAAAGGGUGCCGAUAUGAUUAAAGAAGACUGGUCGGAAAAACACACUGAGUUGUAGGAAAUAGAAAUGCGUGAGAUUAUUGUAUAUACUGUUGUUUUUGUAUUUUGUAAGUUCAUUUUAUACGUAACGAUUUAUGUUAAAUAAAGUUAUUACUUCUUA